AUGGUCACACUCAUCACUGAGAAGCUACAGAGCCAGAGCCUGGACGACCUCACCUGCAAGACCGAGGCUGGUCCCUUGCAGUAUUCUGCCGAAACCCUGAACAACAGCGGUCGUCUGUUCCCUUUGGAGCUCAAUGACCAGAGUCCCUGGAAGGUCUUAAGUGGAGGACGGCCCGUUGGAAGCCAGGCAGCCAUGAGACCUGAUUUCUGCUUCCUGCCAGGCCUGUCUGCUGCUGCUCACACCAUGGGUCUUCAGUGGCGGCCAGAGUCCCCGGGCCCAGGUGUGGGCCUGGGCGCAGCCAGCACUGUGGACCCCAGUGAAAGUACAGGCUCGUCCACGGCCCCACCGACCAAGCGACAUUGCCGGUCCCUGUCAGAACCUGAGGAGCUGGUGCGCUGCCGGUCCCCCUGGCGCCCUGGCAGCUCCACGGUCUGGACUCCAGUCUCCAAGAGGCGGUGCAACAGCGGUGGGAGCGCAACACUGCAGGGAAGCCCCGGCGCCGUCCUGCCGAGGAGUGCCGUGUGGCUGACCGGUCCCACCUCACCCGCCACGCCCCGGCCGUCCUCGGCCAGCAGCGGCUUCGUGGACAGCAGCGAGGGCAGUGCAGGCUCAGGCCUGCCCUGGUGUUCCGCAGAGCCCUACUUGCUCUCCGUGAGGCGACGCCUGUCCCUCUCACAGGAGCAACUCGCAGGUGUGGGCACUCCCCUGCCCUCGGCCAGCAGCAGCCCCACGUCCACGCCUGAGCUGGGCCGGCACCGUGGGCUGCUCCGGUGCCGCUCACAGCCCUGCGUGCUCAGUGGGAAGAGGAGCCGGCGCAAACGGAGGCGUGAGGAGGACGCCAGGUGGACACGCCCAUCCUUGGACUUCCUAAAAAUGACCCGGCCGCACAGCUGCGCCCGCGAGUGCGAGUCCUGUGUCCGAGGCCUCGUGUGGCUCUUGCGCCAUCUGUCAGGUCAGAGCAUUCGGUCCAGAGGGUUGACCCUGAAUCAAAACAAAAUGUUGUGGUUUGAAAUGGAAGGAAACCUGGCCCCUGAAGACUUUAAAAAAUUCAAAAAGCCUUUGCUCCCUCAAUUACGAAGAUGACGAUGAGGAUGACGCCCCAGUGAAGAUGGUUGUGUCCUCCCCGUGUGAAUCCCGGGGCCUCCCUGGCAUCACCAUGCCUGGCUGCAGCCAGAGGGGCCUCAGGACCAGCCCUGCCCACCCCAACCUGUGGGCCUCAAGGGAGUCGGUGACCGGUGAUGGCUCGAGCAGGAGC